AUGCUCGCUUGUUUGGCCAGGGGGAAUUUACUGGAUAUUCUUCAGGAGGGCUUCACGGAGCAACAACUACAGGCAUAUGUGGCCUGGGUGAAUUCCCAGCUGAAGAAGAAGCCAACAAUAAAGCCAGUCCAAGACCUGAGACAAGAUCUCCGAGAUGGAGUCAUUCUUGCUUUGCUCAUUGAGAUUGUAGCUGGCGAGAAGUUGAAUGGCAUUCAGGUCAACCCCACCAGCCAGCAGGAGAUGAAGGAAAAUGUGGAGAAAGUCUUACAGUUCGUGGCAUCAAAAAAGAUCCGCAUGCAUCAGACAUCAGCAAAAGAUAUUGUUGAUGGGAACUUGAAAUCUAUCAUGAGGUUGAUCCUGGCCUUAGCUGCUCAUUUCAAACCAGGCUCCGGGAGAGCAAUGAAUCAUAGCCCUGCUGGCAUGGUGGGGAAGAGCUUGUCAGCAUCGUCUGCCAGUCACAGGCCUCGCUCAGCUGCUGCGGUGGCCCAAGGGGCGGUGGCUGCUCUGGCAGAUGUUCGUCAAGAUGUCUUGCAAUCUGGCCGGGAUGUUUUCCGACACAGACAGAGAAAUAGCAGCAUGGAUGAGGAGAUCGAAAACCCCUACUGGAGUGUCCGGGCAUUGGUGCAGCAGUAUGAAGGGCAGCAGAACGUGCCAUUGGAGUCCCACUCUUCCAGUCUUACAUCACCCAGUCCUAUCCAUAGUGUGAAGAGUGAAUCUACUGUAGCCCCAUCAGAAGAGAAGGAAAGACUUGUGAUCAUCCACACUGAAGAAACAGAAGCUAAAACAGAAGAGACAGAAUCUCAUUCCCAGCCUGAGUGGCAAGCAGGGAACUCUGGGUCAUAUUUGGAGAAUUCAUGGGAGGAGCAGCUUUUGGAACAACAGGACCAUUUGGAAAAGGAAAUGGAGGAAGCAAAGAAGAUGAUUUCAGAUUUGCAGGCUUUGUUGCUCAAUGGGUCUUUACCUGAGGAUGAGCAGGAAGGGUCCUUUGAACUUUGUGAACAUGGAGCCUGCCCUGAAGAGCAGCUGAUCAUAAUCCGAAGUCGCCUGGACCAGAGUGUGGAAGAAAAUCAAGACCUAAAGAAGGAGCUAUUGAAAUACAAACAAGAAGCUCGAAACCUGCAGGGAAUAAAGGAUGCUUUACAGCAAAGGCUGAUUCAACAGGAUGCUUCAGUUCUUCAGCUAAAGCAGGAACUGCUGAGAGCAAACAUGGACAAGGAGGAAUUGCACAACCAGAACGUUGACCUUCAGAGGAAGGUUGAAGAGAGAAACCGGCUACUGGCAGAAUACAAAAAAGAACUGGGCCAGAAGGAUUGGCAUUUACAGCAGCAUCAGACCAAACUGGAUGAAAUGCUUAGGCAGCUUUCUGAGGCCAGCUACCAACAGGUGGAUUUGGAGCGGGAGCUGGAGCACAAAGAGGCCCUGCUGGCUCACUGCAUGAAGAGAGAAGCUGAAGAGGUGAUGGCUUACAGUGGUCAUAGUGCUCAGAGCAAUGGCUUCCUCCAGACAGCAGGAAAAGGAGCUGCUCCCACAGCCCACCGAGGGACAAAUGACUUGCAGCUGGUUCGUGAUGCCCUUCGCAGCCUCAGGAACAGUUUCAGUGGCCAUGAUCCACAGCACCACACCAUUGACAGCCUGGAGCAGGGCAUCUCCAGCCUCAUGGAACGGCUGUACCGCAUGGAAACACAGAAGAGGCAAGAGAGAAGGAUCCGGGGGAAAUCACCAGCAAGCAGAGCAACGAAUGAGUGUAGAGACUCCUGGCCUCCCAAAUCCAAACUGCCUCAUUCUCACAGCACACCCGUGAUGAGCACCAGUGCCUGCACCAAAGUGUUGUACUUCACUGACCGCUCCCUCACCCCUUUCAUGGUCAAUAUACCAAAGAGGUUAGGGGAAGUGACGCUGAAGGAUUUUAAGGUAGCUAUUGAUCGUGAAGGAACCCAUCGGUACCACUUCAAAGCCCUGGAUCCGGAGUUUGGCACAGUCAAGGAGGAGGUAUUCCAUGAUGAUGACAUCAUUCCUGGUUGGGAGGGUAAAAUUGUGGCCUGGGUGGAAGAAGACCAUGGGGAGAAUUAA